AAGAGACUUUAGUUGGUCCUUCUCUCCGUUUGUGAAUGCGCGUGCGCGCCUUGCGCUCUCUCUCUCGGGAACUCGCUUUCCUCGAUUCCGUGCGGGCUAUUUUGUGCUGUUCACUUUAAAUAUUUGAGGAAUUAAUCCUUAUAAUACCAGUCAUGUAAGCUGGUGUAGUAAGUUUCCCGUAAUAUUCUUCAGAAAUAUUAGAAAACGAGUGAAGUUUACUGACAGUUUUUAGAAAAGGACGUCAGAAGAUCGAGAAAGUGUAGAUCGUUACUGGUAAAGAGUGAUGUUGAGCGAGAUUCUUAUGGGCGUCAAAUAAGUCUAUAAGAAUCCUAUUAGUGGUGAAGGAAUCCUACAAAAAAUCCUACGAGGAAAGAGGCCAUGUGUACGGAUCUAACGUCUGGUUAUAACGCUGCCGCAGAGUUGAUUUAAAGACAAACCGCCCUCCCUCCCUCCCUCCGUGGAGCUCUGGAAUCUUUAGAUCGAGAGGGCAGAGUCUCUGGUGGCAGUUGCCAUGUCUCUGUUAUCCCUGACUGCCAAGAUGGUCAACGCUGUGCAGUGCGGCGGAGGUUCUCUGGGAUCGAGGUCCAGGAGGAAGAAAUUCGAUGACAACCAGUGGUGGGAGUUAUUCGACACCAACACAUCCCGUUUUUAUUACUACAAUGCCACCUCACAGAAGACGGUGUGGCACCGGCCUCAAAACUGUGACAUCAUCCCCUUGGCCAAGUUACAGCAAAUCAAGCAGAACACCGAAGUCGCUGAGGAGGAAGAUGGUCGGAAAGUGGUUCGAGAGUCCAUCGGGACCCAGACGCCGUGCAAGCCCGGACCGCAGCUACCCCCGAACCUCCCUGCAUCUGUGGCCUGCAACCCUUCCUUUCACCAGCAGCGCCGUCACAUACCCUCAGCCAAGAAUGGUUCACUCCCCACUGGCCGAGCAUCUCCAAAAAAUGGUCCUCUACAAACAUUCAGAAACCCUAACAAUGGGUCUGUACCCUCACCUAAGGUAUCACCCAGUAGCUCUGUUUCCUCCUCUCAGUCUUCCCUAAGUAUGGUACCAGGUCCUGGAUCAUUGCAAAGAAGUCACAGUUCUCUGUUAGGCUUAGGUCGUAGAGGGACCAGGGGAUCACUGCCAGGAAUAGGAAGUUCUUCCAAGAGUGUGAUCAGUAGUGGGAGAGGAAGUAACUCAAGGGGUUCACUUUCUUCAAGUAGGAGUAACAUUAACAUUGUGGGUGGGAGUGGAGGAACACCAAAAGGCCAACAUCAAAGAUGGCCAACCGGUGGAGUGUCACACUCACGUUCCUCUGGCAUGGGGUCAUUACAGAAGAAAGAGGGAAUCUCAGGUGGAGGUGGUCAGGAAGCCUCUUCGCUCCCACAUUUGUUGUCCAAAAGGUUGACAAGCUCAACCACACAAACCUCUCCUGUGCCUUCACCACGCCCAUCUCGGAGGACUUCUCAUAAUGCCACUGGAAGCAGCGGCUCCAGCCAUGCUGGUGGAGUAACUGGUGGGAGUGGCAGCGGUAGUGGUCAUCACCACCACCACCAUCAUCAUCACAGACACCAGGGGUCUUGUUCACACCAUGCAAAUGGUGAAGCAGGUGGUGCCAGAAGAGUCCGGCGAAGUUCUCAGUCCUCACAAGGAUCAUCUCUCUCAUAUACUCGUCCAUACAGACAGGAAUCUGGAAGGUCAAGCGACAGCUCAAUGUCUCAGAGUCGCACAUCUUUAGAGGGUUCUGGAUACAGGUUAUUAGAAUCUCCACGUGGUACUUCAGGCGUAAGAGAUUCCAGACGAGGUGGUGGUUCCAGUUGCCGAUCAGGAGAGAGUAGGAUUAAAGAUGGAGAUUUGUUGUCCCCUCGUUCACCAGAGUCUGUUUCUUCUCACUCUUCUCCAACACAUCCCCACCAAGCCUCUCCUGCCACACCAUCUUCACAUCGCCGUGCACAUACAGAUUCUCGUGAUUCAUCCUCUGGUAGAGUGAAGGGAAACCUACCGGUAGGUCUUGACUUUUCUCAUCUUCAGAUUGCCAAACAACGUAGCUUUGAUGUUACAAACUAUCCAAAGCGUUCAGAACUGAAUCUAGAUAGGCCAAGAGAAAUGGCAUUGUCUCGCAGCUAUAGUUUUAUGUCAAGGCCUCGAUACCAUGAUGAGGAUGGAAUGCAUGAACGCUUCUUAAUCGGUGCUAUGCGAUCAGUGGAAUCUACACCACAACCUCGACGUCGACAGAAGGGUCUUGAUGCUGUACCUGGUAGUCCAGACUCAUUAGGUUCACAUGGCUAUCUAAAUUAUCGCCAAAGAUCUGAUAGCUCUGGUUUAGAGAGCCUUGCUACCCCCAUGAUGCAUAGGAAGCAGCGUUCUUUGGAAUCUGGAAAGUCAAGAUUUAAAAUGGAUCUACGAUCUAGUAACAGUGCACAUACAAGGCUUAUAAAUUCUGAUUCUAGUCCAAGUCCCCCUAGUCCCAAGCAUGAAUUUCCACCAUUUAAUUACGAAUCACCACGCGGACAAGAUAGUGGAGCAUCAACCUUAACUGACAAGGAUACCAGGUCAAACUAUGGACGUGGCUCUGCAGACAGCUCACCCCAUUCCCAGGUGGACUCUGGGUUGGUGUCAGGGACAACAGGCAGCAGAGGUUCAGUAGACAGUAAUUCGCGACGUGCUGACUCUCGGCAGACAACAUUAGAUAAAGAAACUGCUAAAGGUUCUGCAACUGAUAGCUCAAGUAAAGCUUCUAAAACUAAUAAUGAGCGUGACAGUCGGCGUUGCAAUCAUCGACGACAUCAUCACUGUAGUAAACACAGAGGUCCUCCAUCUGGAACAGCUAAUACCACCAAUGCUACCACUGUGACGACAGAUAGUGAUCGCAGUGAUACGUUACAGAGUAGUAGCAGUUCACAACAACUUGUAAAUACUGGUAGUAAUAAUAGUCAGAACCACAAUUCUAGCUCUGGGAGCAGCAGUACGACUAAACAGAUCAGCCCUAAUAACAGUAAGCAGUUUAGCCCCAAUAAUGGAAGUAGCUCUAAUAAUACCAAACAGCCUAGCCCCAGUAGUACUGGGAAGUCUGAAAAUAGUCCCCAGCAUCGCGACUUAACUCACUUGUAUUCAAAUCUUGAUUAUGUAUAUGAGCAGCCAGUGUACCAGUACAUCAUGGAACAAGCAAAACUUACAGGGUAUCGACUUGGGGAUCCAUUGUAUGAAGAUGCAGACUCUUUGCAUAGUGAUGAUGACUCCGGAGGUCGCCAUGAAGACAGUGACGAUUUUGCUGAUGAUGAAGGCAUGUCGAAUGCUGAUUCUUCAUCACAAGAAUACUUAGAAGAUGUCAAUUACCUCGCAGAUGAUGAGAUGUAUUCGGAAUUCUUUACGCCAUAUGGAAUGAAGAAUAAAAGUAAAGAAAAUGAGGACGUUCCAGAUACCAGCAAAGAUUCCAGAGCCUCUCCAGCUGCUGUGACCUGUCCCACUGUAGCAAGUGGUACUUCAGGCAGUUCAAGUCACUCAUCAUCAGCGCCUCGACCUAUUCAUCAGAACUUUGUUGCUUCUUUACAACCCAUGCCACCUUCUAGUUUGCCCUUAGAUACGCAGCAUGCCUCACUUAGACGAAGGAAAGAUCCUCCACUGCACCAGCCACUGUAUUCGCCUAUCCUUGAAAAGGGGGAGUUGAGUAACCGUGAUGGAAGUAGCAACAAUGGCCAGUUGGGUAACCGUCCAUUGUCCAUCUCCAUUCCCAACAUGAUGGACUCAACCCUGACUACCAACCCUAACACCGGCUCUCUCCAUCGUCCACCUCAGGGUAUGAGUGCUCUCUCCAUGAUGAAAAAGCCUCCAUCAGAAUCAGACUUUGAACGUUACAGCGUUGGUGGAGGAAGUGAUGGUCAAAAUAUGAUGGAGAAGUAUGCACAAGAAAAUCUCAACAUACACACUAGAGGCCUUUUGAGGAAAAAAGUGUCUGUCAUGGAUAUGAUUUCAUGGACGAAGGACCCCAUUCGUAAACCAAUGCUUGCAACACUUGAUAAAUCUGUGAAGAAUCAGGCAUGUGAGCUUUUUAGACUAGUGCAAAUAUACAUGAGUGACCGAAAACCAAAGCCAGGAAUGACUUUAAACUCUGUUGGGCUCGAUAUUGUUUUGUUGUGUUAUAACACUUUGGGCCUUCGAGAUGAGCUAUUUGUUCAGAUAUGUAGACAAACAACAGAAAACCAUAAAAGGGACAGUUUGCGUAGAGGUUGGGAACUCCUGGCAAUAUGUUUGGCAUUUUUCCCACCGUCAGAAAAGUUUGCUCCCUACUUGGCUGGAUAUAUAACAAGGCAUUGUGAUCCUGCAUACUGCGCCAUGUUCCCAGAUGUAUCUAAGUGGCCUAUUCAUAUUCAGGUGGCACAUUAUGCAGGUGUGUGUAACAAACGCUUAGAAAGAACUAGUGUAAAUGCCAAACGACAGCGGUUAAAAAAGCCUACCUUAGAAGAAAUAGAUUUAGCACGCCUACAUAUAUUCAGGGCUUCCAUGUUUGGAGGCACAAUUGAAGAAGUAAUGGAUCUCCAAAGGGACAGGUAUCCUCAUCGACGACUGCCUUGGGUGCAGACAACUUUGUCUGAAGAAGUGCUUCGUCUACAGGGAACUAAUACUGAAGGAAUAUUCAGAGUUCCAGCAGACUUUGAUGAGGUUCAUCAGUUGAAGCAGGUGGUGGAUCAGUGGGAAGUUGGUGACUGUGGUGAUCCUCAUGUAGCAGCAGCAUUACUCAAAUUGUGGUAUCGUGAACUUUAUGAACCACUCAUACCAGAUUCUCUUUAUCAGUCUGCCAUUAAUGCUCAUGAUGAACCAUCACAAGCUGUAGCCCUCGUCAACAAGUUGCCAGACAUCAACAGACUAGUUCUUUCUUAUCUCAUCAGAUUUUUACAGUAUUUUGCCCAGCCUGACAUUGUGUCGGCAACAAAGAUGGAUGCAAGCAAUUUGGCCAUGGUUAUGGCACCUAAUUGCCUGCGUUGUACAAGUGAUGAUCCACGUGUUAUUUAUGAAAAUACACGAAAGGAGAUGGCCUUCAUACGAACUCUAAUCCAGCAUUUAGAUACUACAUUUAUGGAAGGUGUUGUCUGAAGCAUGCAUCCAUUUUAUUUUUCAUGAAAAUUAGAUUGGAGGCUUUAUGUUAAUGUCAAUUGCUGUUAUAUAUAUAUACAUAUAUAUAUUGUAUCAAAAGUAUCUCUUUUCUGUGAGAGACAAAGUCAGGACAGUGAGGGACGUAUCCUUAGAAUAUGGUAAGGUUUUGGAUGCCACAUUCUCUUAUGGUGCUCAGCUCUGUAUGAUGUCAUAGGCACAGGUUACAGAGUCUUUAGUGGUUCCCAAAAUCAAAUCCAGUUAUUUAAACCAAAGUCAAAAGAUCAUAUUGGAGGAAUUCGUCAAGCUUCCAAUUAUUAUUUUGAAUAAAAACAUAGCUUUAUAUGUACGACUUUAAAAGAUGUGUUGACAUCACCAGGUUAUAGCAAUUUUGGUACUACAGAGAUAGAGCUGUGAUUUGAUGUCCGUUGAUUUAAAUGCCAUAGCAUUGGGAUACCUGACCUUUCACUGGUCAUUUUUAUACAAAAUUAAUCAUUCUGUAAACAUUCCAGUAGUGAAUAUCUGAUAUUGAGUGGAAAUAUUACAUGUUAAUUUUGUCAGGGAUAUAUGAUUCAGUACUUUAAUCCACACUCACCUGAAUUAAAAUCUUGUGAAAGCAACAUUCCAGAAUGAUGGUCACUGUCAAAAAAUUUAAUUGGAAUUCUGAUAUUCAGAAUACUGUAUUGUAUUUUUAGGAUUAGGAAAAAUAAAAGGACCUUUUAACUAAACUGGAAUUGGGUGUUCUUGUAAAUACCAAAGGUUAUAUCUUUGACAGUGAGGUCGCUCUGAGGAGGAUGCCUUAAAAAAGAAUUUACAAUGACAUGGUGUUGAGCUACUAACCUGCAACUUCAUGAAGCAACACAACCAACUUUUUAUUGUUGUAGGAUGGAGGAGAAAACGGACAUGCCUAAUUAUCUAGUCUUCAACUUUAAAAAAAAAUUUCUUGACCUUUGUGCCAAUCUUCAACAAAUGAAUAACUGAUCAAAGCUAGUUUUUUGCAUUUGUUACAGGCACACAUGCUUUUGUUAUAACCCUCUUUGAUAUAGUUAUUUUUAUACCAUGUUGACAGGAGUUUGUUACAAUCUAUAGUAACACCUUUUUGCUACAAGUUUCCAGGAAAUAAUUCUUGCUAUCUUUUAAGUGUGAAAGAGGUGCAAGUGGGAUGUGUAUGAGAAUAAAACUAACUAGUUGAUGGAUACUUAAGCCAGAAUACCUUGACAGUUUACUUUGUCAAACUAGCAAAGGAAAAAACAAUCUGCCUUUGAAAGGUAGGCCAAGUUUGACUCUCGGCAACUGCGCUGGUUUGUGUGAGUGUGUUCUCAAUUUUCUUUUAAAUGCAUGUAAACCCAAUGUGGAUGUUAUUAUUUAGGCUUUAACAUUAAAAGUUAUUCCUUUUAUAAGGAUUAUGUUAUAUGUGCCUGACUUUCUUGCACAAAUUGAAUUUUUUGUACAAAAAAAGAAAUCGGAGAUUCAUUAAAUUUUGUUUAGGCCUUUUUAGCUUAUAGUGGCUAUGCAGCAUAAUUUGUUAAAAAUUUUCUGUAUAAUUUAUUAUGGUUUGAAGCAUCAUGUACAGAUGUCCUUAUGUAUUAUAUAUUGUAUAGUUGUAUUUCAAAAUGUUAUAAGGAUUUAAAAUCAUUUGUAUUAUAUGCAUAUUAAAGACUGUAUACUUAA